AUGACCACCAAACCCAUCAUGCCGCUACGCAUAUCCAGCAGCCCCGACGAAAGCCACGCCACUAUCCGGGCGCUCAUCCAAGCAAAUCUCCUGUCUGUCUUUAACGAGCGAGACGAGACUGCGCGCAAGGCGUGUAUCCAGAGCAUCUACGGGGAGGACAUUGUCUGGUACGAAGCGGACGAUGAUGUACGUACUGGCUAUGCCGCUCUGAAUAGGCGCGUUGGAGAGCUCUUGGGCGAAAAUCCCGCCUUUGCGUUUCGGCUACAAGGGGACACCGUCGUGGCCCAGAAUCUGGGCAUUCAGAAUUGGUCGUUUGGACCUCCGGUGGAGCCUGAUCUCGUCAAGGGGACCGACGUGAUUAUUGUGCAAGACGGAAGGGUUCGAGCGCUUUGGACGGCAGUUACAAAGGGUCCUGUUUUGCGAUAG